CUCUCUGCUUGUAUCGAGCAGCAUGUCCCCCCAGUGACUGACAGGCCCAUGUCUGACAGUCCCGGCACGCCACCCAGUACCCAGCCAGCCCCGCUCCAGUAACCCGACAGCUCGUGUCCUCAUCCGCAGUCAAGAUGGAGUGCGUGUGGAAGCCAGACGAGCAAGGACUCCAGCAGAUUUUACAGCUGCUGAAGGAGUCCCAGUCGCCGGACACGUCCACGCAGAGAUCCGUGCAGCAAAGACUGGAGCAGCUUAACCAGUUUCCAGACUUCAACAACUACCUGAUAUUUGUUCUGACCAAGCUCAAAUCCGAAGAUGAGCCGACACGCUCCCUGAGUGGCCUGAUACUGAAAAAUAAUGUGAAAGCCCACUAUCAGAACUUCCCCAACGGCGUUUCUGAUUUCAUAAAGAGAGAGUGCCUGGAAAACAUUGGAGACUCUUCGGCUCUCAUCCGCGCCACAGUGGGUAUUCUCAUCACCACCAUCGCGUCAAAGGGAGAGCUACAAAAUUGGCCUGACCUUUUGCCCAAGCUUUGCCUGCUGCUGGAUUCUGAAGACUACAACACUUGCGAGGGGGCCUUUGGAGCCCUCCAGAAGAUCUGCGAGGACUCUGCUGAGAUCCUGGACAGCGACAUGCUGGAUCGGCCUCUGAACGUCAUGAUCCCCAAGUUCCUGCAGUUCUUCAAGCACAGCAGCCCCAAGAUCAGGUCCCAUGCCAUCGCCUGCGUGAACCAGUUCAUCAUCAGCCGGACUCAGGCGCUCAUGCUGCACAUCGACUCCUUCAUUGAGAACUUGUUUGCGCUGGCGACAGACGAGGAGCCCGAGGUGCGCAAGAACGUGUGCAGGGCUCUCGUGAUGCUGCUGGAAGUCCGUCUGGACCGACUGCUGCCUCACAUGCACAACAUCAUCGAGUACAUGCUCUUGAGGACGCAGGACCAAGACGAGAACGUGGCGCUGGAGGCCUGCGAGUUCUGGCUCACCCUGGCGGAGCAGCCUGUGUGCAAGGAGGUGCUGUGCGGCCAUCUUUCCCAGCUCACGCCGGUGCUCGUCAACGGGAUGAAGUACUCCGAGAUCGACAUCAUCAUGCUCAAGGGUGACAUCGAGGAGGAUGAGGCCAUUCCCGACAAUGAGCAAGACAUCCGGCCGCGCUUCCACCGCUCCCGCACCGUCGCCCAGCAGCACGAGGGCGAUGGGAUCGAGGACGAAGAUGAUGACGACGACGAGCUGGACGAUGAUGAUACCAUCUCGGAUUGGAACCUGCGUAAAUGCUCAGCGGCAGCGCUGGACCUGCUGGCCAACGUGUUCAGGGACGACCUGUUGCUGCACCUUCUACCGCUCCUCAAGGAGCUGCUCUUCCAUCCCGAGUGGGUGGUGAAAGAGUCCGGGAUCCUCGUGUUGGGCGCCAUUGCUGAAGGAUGCAUGCAGGGAAUGAUCCCAUACCUGCCCGAGCUGAUUCCCCACCUAGUCCAGUGUCUGUCAGACAAGAAAGCCCUGGUGCGCUCCAUCACCUGCUGGACGCUGAGCCGCUACGCCCACUGGGUCGUCAGCCAGCCACCCGACAUCUACCUGAAGCCGCUCAUGACCGAGCUUCUCAAGCGCAUCCUGGACAGCAACAAGCGUGUGCAAGAAGCCGCUUGCAGUGCCUUUGCCACCUUGGAGGAGGAGGCUUGUACUGAGCUUGUGCCCUACCUGGCAUUCAUCCUGGACACGCUGGUGUUCGCUUUCAACAAAUACCAACACAAAAACCUCCUGAUACUGUACGACGCCAUCGGGACUCUCGCAGACUCAGUGGGACACCAUCUAAAUAAACCGGAAUACAUCCAGAUGUUGAUGCCUCCGCUCAUCCAGAAAUGGAACCAGCUGAAAGAUGAAGACAAAGACCUCUUCCCUUUAUUGGAAUGUUUGUCCUCCGUAGCCACGGCCUUGCAGAGCGGCUUCCUGCCCUAUUGCGAGCCCGUGUACCAGCGUUGCGUUAACCUGGUCCAGAAGACCCUCGCUCAGGCCAUGCUUUACCAGUCUCAGCCAGACCAGUACGAGGUGCCCGACAAAGACUUCAUGAUCGUGGCUUUGGAUCUCCUCAGUGGCCUGGCCGAGGGUUUAGGAGGCACCAUUGAGCAGCUUGUCGCCCGCAGCAACAUCCUCACGCUCAUGUACCAGUGCAUGCAGGACAAAAUGCCCGAAGUGCGUCAGAGUUCCUUCGCCCUGCUGGGGGAUCUGACCAAGGCGUGUUUCCAGCACGUCAAACAGUGCAUUGCUGACUUCAUGCCAAUAUUGGGCACCAAUCUAAACCCCGAGUUUAUAUCCGUGUGCAACAAUGCAACAUGGGCAAUCGGAGAGAUAUCCAUACAAAUGGGGCCUGAAAUGCAGCCUUACGUUGCCAUGGUGCUGCACCAGCUGGUGGAGAUCAUUAACAGGCCCAACACGCCAAAGACCCUUCUGGAAAACACAGCAAUAACAAUUGGUCGUCUUGGUUACGUUUGUCCUCAAGAGGUGGCACCCAUGCUACAGCAGUUUAUAAGACCCUGGUGUACUUCCCUGCGAAAUAUAAGAGACAAUGAGGAGAAAGACUCGGCAUUCCGAGGAAUGUGCACGAUGAUCAGCGUCAACCCGGGAGGUGUCGUGCAGGAUUUUAUCUUCUUUUGCGAUGCGGUGGCCUCCUGGGUCAACCCGAAAGAAGACCUGCGAGACAUGUUCUACAAGAUCCUUCAUGGCUUCAAGAACCAGGUGGGCGAAGAGAACUGGAGCCGCUUCUCAGACCAGUUCCCCAUGCCGCUCAAAGAGCGUCUGGCCAGCUUCUACGGGGUGUAACAGUGGGGUCCUUGACGCGGGGAGACAACAUAGGGAAACCUCUUUUACCCAGGGAACAUGUCAACCCUUUACUAGGGGGGGGAAGUCCGCCUGACGAGGGGAGGGAAGGGGUGCGGGCCCCUCCUCCCCGACAUGGCGGCAACAGGGUGGGAGGGAGGGGGAGGCGCUACCUGCAGGGCGCCCAGCCAAGUGUGCAGGGGGAAAACUACUUUUAGCACGGGAGGAAAAACAACCAAAAGUCAGACCUGAUGAUGACGUCAUCACCCUAUUUUUUUUUUUCUGUUAAAAUUGACACAAAUUUGAAAUAUUCCCACUCAUCGUGUCGCACGCCAAAGUGUAACGUGACAACUACGCGACCUUUCUGUUUGUUUUUAAAAACGCAAUAGCAGGAUAAGCACGAGCAUGGACAAUGUAAACGCUGCAACGCCGAGCUAGUCAGCGGGUCAGUUUCGUGAGAGCGAAACACUCGCGCUAACUUCUCGCCUCUUUUUUCCCCGCAAGCCAGCAUGCUUGUGUCACUGUGAGGAGCCGUCGCGUGAGUGUAGGCCAUCUUCUUUUAAUUUUCUUGUAAUCGCAGCGCUUUUUUUUCUUUGCACUGCAAGCCGUGAAGCGGUAACUACCGUAAAUUUGGGACUAUAAGGCCACACCCACUACAUUGUUAGCGGAAAAAACUUUAUUUUCCCCACAAAUUAGCCGCACCGGACUACAAGCCACAGAUAUAUAGGUUGUGAGAUAAGUUAUUUACACAUAAAUGUGUCAUGUUUAUUUACAUACCUUAAUAGUCUGUAACAGGGCAGUAAAACGGCCGAUCAAACAAAACAGAAGUCAUCUGCACCGGACUAUAAGCCACAGAUAUAUAGGUUGUGAGAUAAGUUAUUUACACAUAAAAGUGUUAUGUUUAUUUACAUACCUUAAUUGUCUGUAACAGGACAGUAAAACGGCCAAUCAAACAAAACAGAAGUCAACCGCACCGGACAAGAACCACAAAUAUAUAGGUUGUGAGAUAAGUUAUUUACACAUAAAUAUUUAAUAUUUAUUUACAUACCUUAAUUGUCUGUAACACGGCAGUAAAACAGCCAAUCUAACAAAACAGAAGUCAUCCGCACCGGACAAGAGCCACAGAUAUAUAGGUUGUGAGAUAAGUUAUUUACACAUAAAUAUUUUAUGUUUAUUUACAUACCUUAAUUGUCUGUAACACGGCAGUAAAACGGCCGAUCAAACAAAACAAAAGUCAUCUUCAUGGACCCACUAGCUUCACAAGCUAGCUCUCCAAUCAGCUAAACAGACUCAAUAACUCCACGGUGACGUUUUGGUGAGUUUGAUAAGGAAUUUGUGAAACUGAAACAAUACGAAAAAUAAUGCCACAAGUUAAUAUUUACCCAGAAACUCGUAAAGGCGUUAGCAUAUUGGCUAAUGCUAAUGACGCUUCGAUAGCACAUUUAAAUGUGCAUUAAAACGCUCCUACAGACGUCACACAUGGGACGGCUUAGUAAGUAAAAAUAGUUUUAGGUUAUAUUGUAAAACUUGGGAGUGAUGAAUGAAGAAUCCAUACGAGUAGAAACGCUAUGGACGAUUACAAGACGGAACGGCACUUGUACUUCCGGCUCAAAAAAACAGCAGGAAAAACUUGUAGGCAUUUACCUGGCUGUCCAAAACUAUUUGUUUUCUGGUCAUCUGCGAACAGAAAUUCACAAAUUAGCUGCACCAGACAAAAGCCACAGAUAUAUAGGUUGUGAACCAAGUUAUUUACACAUAAAUAUUUUAUGUUUAUUUACAUACCUUAAUUGUCUGUAACACGGCAGUAAAACGGUCAAUCAAACAAAACAGAAGUCAUCUUCAUGGGCCAGACUCAAUAACUCCACGGUGACGUCUUGGUGAGUUUAAUGAGGAAUUUGUGAAACUGAAACAAUACGAAAAAGAAUGCCAUUGUAAAUUAAUAUUUACACAGACAUUUGUAAACGUGUUAGCAUGUUAGCUAAUGCUAACGAAUAUGCACACGGAAUCACACAUGAGACGGCUUAGUAGGUAACAAAAUAUUUGUUAUAUUGUAAAACUUGGGAGUGAUGAAUGAAGAAUCAAUCCGAGUAGAAACGUUAUGGCAGUUGUACUUCCGGCUCAAAGCUUUAAUCAGCAGGAAACACUUGCAGGCAUUUACCUGGUUAAUAUAAACUACCGUAAUUCCUUGAAUUGCCGCCGGGGCGCUAAUUCAUUUAAAACCUCUUCUUACUCCUGCGCUUGCCAAAGGCAUGCGGUAAAAGUAAGCAUGCGGUAAUUAUUUUAAAACCUCUUCUCACUCCGGCACUUACCAAAGGCAUGCAGUAAAAAUUUGAGUGUGAUGUAAGCUUGGACAUUAUAUCCUACUGAAUAGCUCUUAAUCUUCUUCUCUUUGUGUCAUUUCAAAUUCCCGGUAUUGAAAGCAGCCUCCUCCAUUUUGAAAAUGAUGACAGGGGAAGUGUCACGAGUUUGACCAGGCGGUAAUAGUAAGCAUGCGCUAAUUAUUUUGCAAAGCGAGUUUGACCCGGCAGUAAUUCAAGGCAGGCGCGUACUAUAUGCCCUGCGGCAAUUCAAGGAAAUACGGUAUUUGCUUUGUGGUCAUCAGUGAAUAAAAAUCCAUAAAACAGCUGCACCAGUUUAAAAGCCGCAUGGUACGAAGCGAAGGGAAAAAAAGCGGCUUAUAGUCCGAAAUUUACAGUAGGCAUGCUUACACUUUUAAGCGUGUGAAGAAAAAGGAUAAGAAAACCCAACCCCAUGCUGCGACGUCCGUGUGAAUGUCUCGUGACGGUGCAACCGUGACAACGUCCGUCGACAAAAGGACGUCGACUUUUCCGAUAAACGUUUUCUUACUCGGUGUUUUGGAUCUUAGUGGUUGUGUCUUGUGCCGAGAGAAGCAUGACUGCCGGUGUCUUCGUGGGGUGCGCUCUCAUCGUCGUGCAUGUUGGUGGCGGCAGGGAGGAGGGACUGUUCUCGCUAAACGUCGAGACACAGUGUCGGAAUACUGUGAAACCACUUUUUUAUUAGUCCACCGCUUCUUCCUGCUCGUCGUCGUCUUCUUCUCGUCGUGCACGUCGGUGUUUAUUUUUUUAAAGUUACAGGAAGCCUAAAUGUAUUCCAUGAUGGUUUUGGAAUGAUAGGACUUUUGUUGUUGUUGUUGUUGUUGUUGUUGCUGCCCUCUGCUGGACGGAGUAACAAUCGCAGUAUUUUAACCCUUGAAAUUGGACCUUUUUUUUUUUUUGUUAACGAAGGACGCGAAGAUUCGUUCCAGAAAAUCUUAAUAUUGUAAUAAUACAGUGGAACCUCUAUUUGUAAUUUAUUUCCAGAGAAAAUCGCGUAAAUAAUCUGUGUAAUAUUAUUAACUAUACAGGCAUAUUUGAAGUCAGGGGUUCUUAACCUUUCUGACCUCGGGCCCAACUUUUUCACUACAGACGAGGUCGGGGCCCUCUCAAAUAUUAACACUAAACAAGUCAUCCUACUCUUGAUUUUAAUCAUAUUCAAUAUCAAUCAAUCAAUCAAUGUUUACUUAUAUAGCCCUAAAUCACUAGUGUCUCAAAGGGCUGCACAAACCACCACGACAUCCUCGGUAGGCCCACAUAAGGGCAAGGAAAACUCACACCCAGUGGGACAUUGGUGACAAUAAUGACCCAGUGGGACGUCAGUGACAAUAACUAUAUUUAACUUAGUUUUAAUGUAAUGCUUUAAUCACAAUGAUUAUUACCAAGUUAAGUCGGGCUGAUUACAAAAAUAUAUUUAAAAAAAUAUAUGUAAUAUUCCAUCCAUCCAUUUCCUACCGCUUGUCCCUUUUGGAGUAACAGGGGGGGUGCUGGAGCCUAUCUCCGCUGCAUUCGGGCGGAAGGCGGUGUACACCCUGGACGAGUCGCCACCUCGUCGUAGGGCCUAUAUGUAAUAUUAUUCUAUAAAUAUUAAUCAAUUAUGAUGCAAAAAAUGACAAUUUUGUUGUGCCAGCAUUAUUAAAUUAAUAGUAAAUGCUUCUGAAAUAAACUGUCAAUAUCAUUUUCAUACUUUAGUCAUAUAUUUGCGCUUAAAGAAACUUAAAGCUUCAGACUUCUUUUGUUUUUAUGUCAUUGCUAUUACUGCCACAAGUGGUGGGAAAGUGUAUGACAACUGGCCCAUACGGACCACAGCUGGGAAACUGAUAUUUUUUUUAGUGGCCCCUCUAGGGGGCGCUCGUGCCCUAAUAAUAGCCCCAUGGUUAAGAACAAGAAACAUUGGCGUAUGCCACACAAGUGUAAAAAGAAGUGAAGUCUUUUGCACAUAUGUUAUAGCAUUGUAGCACGUAGGCUGUGGAUGAGGCCGUGAAUAUAUUUGAAUGGAUGUUCAUCAAUGUUUCAAAUGUGGAGAAAGACCUUAGAAUAAGACGAGAUUGUCUGUAAAACAAAAUGUAUGCAACAUUUUGACCAAACACCCCCAACAUUACAUGUUACUGACCUUUUUAACUGGUUGUGUAAAAUUUAAAACAUCAGUUUUUAUUAUAUAUACAUACAUACAGGUAUAUAUGUGUGUGUAUGUCUGUGUGUGUGUAUAUAUAUAUACAUAUAUAAAAAAUAUGUGUGUGUGUAUACAUACACGUAUAUAUACAUACAUAUGCGUGUGUGUAUAUAUAUACAUAUAUACACACCAAAAUAUGCAUACAUAUGCAUGUAUAUAUAUAUUUAAUAUAUAUAUAUACACACAUAAAUAUGCAUACAUAUGUACAUAUAUGAAUAUUUGUGUGUAUACAUGUACAUAUAUAUACAAACAACCAUGCAUACAUAUGCGUGUGUAUAUAUAAAUAUUUGUGUAUAUAUGUACAUAUAUAUUCACACACAAAUAUGCAUACAUAUGUGUGUGUAUAUAAACAUACUUGUGUAUAUAUGUACAGAUAUACAUAUUUGUGUAUAUAUGUAAAUGUAUACAUAUUUGUGUAUAUAUGUAAAUAUAUACAUAUUUGUGUAUAUAUGUAAAUAUAUACAUAUUUGUGUAUAUAUGUACAUAUAUACGUAUUUGUGUAAAAAUGUACAUAUGUACGUAUUUGUGUAUAUAUGUACACAUGUAUGUAUUUGUGUAUAUAUGUACACAUGUACGUAUUUGUGUAUAUAUGUACACAUAUACGUAUUUGUGUAUAUAUGUACACAUAUACAUAUUUGUGUAUAUAUGUACACAUGUACGUAUUUGUGUAUAUAUGUACACAUGUACGUAUUUGUGUAUAUAUGUACAUAUAUACAUAUUUGUGUAUAUACGUACAUAUAUAGAUAUGUGUGUGUACAUAUGUAUACAUAUGUGUAUAUUUUUUCAUAUAUAUAUAUAUGUGUAUGUAUGUAUAUAUAUGUGUAUGUAUGUAUGUAUGUAUAUAUAUGUGUAUGUAUGUAUGUAUAUAUAUAUAUAUAUAUAUAUAUAUAUGCAUGCAAAAAGUUAUUGUUUAAACCAUUUGGUAUAGAAAAAAUCACUACUACUUAGAGCAAAUUUUUUUUUAAAUGGUUUAACCUACCAAACACAAUAAUACAUUUAUGCAGAUUUUUUUAUUGCAUGAUACUGAUAAAGCGUUCCCCAACCCCCCUAGGAAGUCCCGCUUCCCUAUUUGAGAAAAACCGACCUCCAUAAUUCAUGCAUUCUAUAUUAUGAAUGCGUGCGAUGAUGCUUACUGCUUUGCACCAUGCCAACUCAUCCGCGUCGUUUUCAGAGGUCGGAAAGAAGCAACGGGAAAAGCCAAACACUCGGUUUGUUUAUUUCAUAGUUCAGAGAUUCUCAAACUGCGGUAUUGGGAAGAAUCGCUUAAAUAUUCACACCCACUGUUCCUGUUCAAACUGCGUGAGAUGUUAGUGGCCAAAAGUAUUAAAUAUACUUGCUUGUUUUUUAGUGAAUACUUAUGCCUACUAUGCUACUAUAUUUUAAUGUGGGUCCUUGCAGUGGUACUUAGAGUUUUUAUUAUUAAAGAUAGCUGUCUUAGAUUUGUAAACAUGUGCAGCAUCAAGGCAAAAGUAACACCACAUGAAAGUAAAACUGCUCUGCAUUAGAUAGAUAGAUAGAUAGUACUUUAUUGAUUCCUUCAGGAGAGUUCCUUCAGGAAAAUUAAGAUUAAUUAAUUACUUAUUAAUUACUAUUAAUUACAAUAGCUGUCUUCAAGCAGGUAUCCUCUUUAGGGUGGAAAGUCCACACCCUUUUUUUUGUCUAAAAUAAACGGAGGUAACUGGAAUUGAACCGGCAUGGCUAGGUUGGUAGAGCGGCCGUGCCAGCAACUUGAGGGUUCCGGGUUCGAUCCCCCGCUUCCGCCAUCCUAGUCACUGCCAUUGUGUCCUUGAGCAAGACGCCCAGUGCCACCAACACUGGUUUAAAUGCAACUUAGAUAUUGGGUUUCACUAUGUAAAAGCGCUUUGAGUCACUAGAGAAAAGCGCUAUAUAAAUAGAAUUCAAUUCACAAGAUUUAAAAUGUAGUCUACAAAAAAGAAGUACAAACAAUAGCAACACCAGCGCUGGAGAGCAUACCGAGCGAUCUCAAAAAUAGCUGCCCGCCUCCCUUGCCUUGACGGGGAUCGAAACUGAAAGUUAACCUGCCGUGUGUGUGUGUGUGGGGGGGGGGCUGAGCUCACACGUUAAAACAAGAUAAAGAUGAGAAACAAAAGUGCGAUUAUUGUGUUUAUCUCCUCCAUUAAAAGCCAAAUGUGCGGCCAUAACACAAUAGCCAUAAAGUACAAUUGUUUACGGAAAAAAAAUCAAGUACCAAAUAUUUCAACGUGAUCAAAUCACAAAUCAAAAAUAAACCAAAAGGACAAAAAAAUGUGUUUUUGGAUUUUUUUUUAAACCAAAAUCAAGGUUGAGUUGUGCGAUGUCACGCCUCAGAGGUUCCACUGUAUUGGCUAAUUGUGUACUUGCCAUCACUUUUGCAGUACUUCAUGGUGGAAUACACAGGCAAAUACUUGUUUAUAUUCCACGUGUUUGUGUGUACGUUGUUGUCGUCUCCACUACUUGAAUAUGUGUUUUAUUCCAUGUGAUCCUCAGGUUGUCUGUGUUCACUGUUUUUGUGUUGUUUUUUUGACCCCGCUCCUUCCCUCCACGUGCGCAUCUGUAGUCCACCGAGAACCUCACCCUUUUUUUUUUUUUUUUAAGAGAUGCCCAGCGUUUUUUUUUGUUUUUUUUAAGGUGACACGUGCACACAAUGUGAUGAUCAAAACGAAUAACUUGCACUUCCAAAAAUUUAAUGUGAUUGUGAUUAAAAACCAUCGAAAUAUUUUUGACGUGACGCCUAAAGCUGAUUUUUUUUUUUCCCUUUCAAUCACAUCGUUCAACCACUUUGUACGGAUUGACUGUGUUUUAUAAAACUUGUUGAGCAACGUCCGAUUAUCGUCAUCCUGUCUUGUUUAUUAUAUUAUCCCUCCGUGUUUGGACCAUCUGCCUUGUUUUGCGGGGAGAAGCAAAAGUAUCACUUUUGAUAGUUUUUAUUGUCAUGAGCUUUAAAAUAACACAAAAAGAAGCAAGAAAAAAAAAUUGGGGGCCACCAAAUAUUUUGAAUCAUGCAAAGAAUAAAUAUAUUGUACUGUUGUCAUUUUGUAAUAUUUGUAGGACGAUAUAGUGGGCGUGACUGGUGACCAUGGCUUGAAUCUGUACAUUGUUCCAAUAAAUUGUUUACAUUUA